AUGGAUAGAAGGGGAAGUGAAAAUUUAGUAGUGGCCCAUUUAUCUUGUUUGAAGCAACAAGAAGAAGAUCCUGAAGAUAAAAUUAAAGAGGUAUUUUCUGAUGAGACACUUUUUGAAAUCAAGUUACCACUUCGGUAUGCUGAUUAUGUUAAUUAUUUGGCUAGUUCUACCAUUCCUGCGGAGUAUUCGAGUCAAUUGAAUAAGAAAUUUUUCAAUAACCUGAAGUACAACUUUAGGAUGAUCCAUUUCUUUAUAGACGAGGUCCUAAUCAAAUCAUUCGCCGUUAAGUAUUCUGGACUUGCUAGUCUCAUGAAUCCCAUCGGAGCUUAUUUAGGUACUUAUGUAAAUGGUGAAUUUGGGGACAUGGGCUAUGUUGCUCCAGAAUAUGUAAGAACAUUGCUGGCCACUCCAAAAGGGGACGUUUAUAGUUUUGGGGUCGUGCUUCUUGAGUUAGUGACAGGCGAGAGACCGACCAAUGUGGCUAAAGCCCCUGAAAGGUUUAAUGGUAAUAUAGCGGAUUGGAUUUUCCAGCUCGCUGGAAACUAUAAACUUCAGGAUGCAAUUGAUCAGUUCUUGGUGGGAAAAGGUUAUGAUGAUGAGCUUUCCGAGUUUCUUAAUGUUGCCUGUAGUUGUGUGCUGACAGAUCCUAAAGAGAGGCCUACCAUGUUUGAAGUGUACCAGAUUUUGAAAGCUAUUGGACAACGGUAUAAUUUCCCAACAGAAGAUGACAUCUUGCCAUCCGACCAUGGUGAUGCUGAUCAACUAGUGGAACUUAUCGUCUCUCGAGAUCCAUGGAGAUCUACGAAAAGAUGUAGUGACAAAUACGAUGAGUGA